UAAAUCUGAUGUUUCCCGGAAACAGAAUCUCUGAUAUAACCCUCAGCCAUGUUUUUGUUGUCACCAACAAGCAGCUGAAAAUUGACGCUUCUUUCUUCAUCUCAGCGCUUAUUUUCACGUCUUUAAUCGAGCUGCCUCGCAAGGGAACGCCUUGCAAACAUGUCUGACUUCAUCGACAGUGAGGCUGAGGAGUCAGAGGAGGAAUUUGAGGAGAAGGACCUGAAGCCCAAGAAGACACAGAGAUUUAUGGAAGAUGAUGAAGAGGAGGAGGAAGAAGAAAAUACUGAAGAUCAGGAUGAGCACGGUAACCUGAGAGGACUUAUCGAUGAUGAUGAUGAUGAUGUAGAAGAGGAAGAAGGCCAUGUAAAGCGAAGUGGGGGAGAGGACAGUGACUCUGGUGAAGAGGUCCGUCAUCGCCGCAGGAAGCGAAGUUAUGAUGACUAUCUGGAUGACGAUGAUCUGGACCUCAUCGAAGAGAAUCUGGGAGUGAAAGUGAAAAGGAGGAAAAAGAAAUACUCACGUGUUAAAACCAUGGAUGAUGAGGGGGAAGAUGAUGACAAAGAUCAGAUUGCUGGUGAGAUCUUCACUGGGGAUGGAGAUGGAGAGGUGGAGGAAGGAGAGGCUGUGGACACGCUUCACCCAGGGGAGGAGGAAGAGGAGGAAGAAGAUGAGGAAUCUGAUAUAGAUGAUUUCAUUGUGGAUGAUGAUGGACAGCCCAUAACAUCAAAAAAGAAGGGAAAGAAAUUCUCUGGCUACACUGAUGCUGCCCUGCAAGAAGCUCAAGAGAUUUUUGGGGGUGAUUUUGACUUUGCUGAGUUCGACACUGAAGUGUACGAUCAUGCAGAAGAGGAAGAGGAGGAUCAAGAUGAUGAGUCAUGGGAUCGGCCGAAAAAGCAGACGAAGAGGAGACCUGGCCGUCGUAGCAUCUUUGAGAUCUAUGAACCCAGUGAGCUGGAGAGCAGCCACAUGACUGACCAGGACAAUGACAUCCGCUCUACAGACAUGCCAGAAAGAUUCCAGUUGAGGGCCAUCCCUGUGAAGCCUGCUGAGGAUGAUGAGCUGGAGGAUGAAGCUGAAUGGAUCUACAGAAAUGCCUUUUCCACACCAACCAUCUCUAUGCAGGAGAGCACGGAUUACCUGGAUCGUGGGACAACCACCAAUUUCAGCAGGAAGGGCCCUAGUACCAUUGCUAAGAUCAAAGAAGCCUUAAACUUUAUGAGGAACCAGCACUUUGAGGUCCCCUUCAUUGCUUUCUACAGGAAGGAGUACGUGGAACCAGAGCUAAACAUUAAUGAUCUAUGGAAGGUGUGGCAGUGGGAUGAGAAGUGGACCCAGCUGAAGACCAGGAAGCAGAAUCUGACACGUCUGUUCCAAAGAAUGCAGUCUUAUCAGUUCGAGCAGAUCUCAGCUGACCCAGACAAGCCACUGGCCGAUUCGACUCGUCCGCUAGACACUGCUGAUAUGGAGAGACUGAAAGAUGUUCAGUCUCUUGAUGAACUGGGGGAUGUGUACAACCACUUCCUGCUGUACUAUGGCAGAGACAUUCCUAAGAUGCAAAAUGCAACCAAGGCCACCAAGAAGAAACUGAAAAAGAUCAAGGAAGUGUCAGAGGAAGAUGGUGAAGAGGCAGAAGUGGAGGAGGAAGAGGAAGAAGAGGAGCAAAAGGGGCCAGAUUUGAAACUAGCCUCCCGCAGAGAUAUGUACAGCAUCUGCCAGAGCGCUGGCCUUGAUGGUCUUGCCAAGAAGUUUGGUCUCACCCCAGAGCAAUUUGGAGAAAACUUGCGAGACAGUUAUCAGAGGCACGAAACUGAGCAGUUCCCUGCAGAGCCUUUGGAGCUGGCCAAGGACUAUGUGUGCAGCCAAUUCAACACUCCUGAGGCUGUUCUGGAAGGCGCUCGCUACAUGGUGGCCAUGCAGAUUGCCCGUGAACCUCUGGUCAGGCAUGUGCUCAGACAGACCUUCCAGGAAAGGGCCAAGAUUAACAUCAAGCCAAUUAAGAAGGGCAAGAAGGACGUUGAUGAGGCACACUAUGCCUAUUCUUUCAAGUACCUGAAGAAUAAGCCUGUGAAAGAGCUCAGUGGAGAUCAGUUCUUGAAGAUGUGCCUGGCUGAGGAGGAAGGCCUGCUUUCCAUAGACAUCUGCAUUGAUCUUGUGGGAGUCAAAGGUUAUGGAGAUCAGACCUACUUUGACGAGAUUAAACAGUUCUACUACAGAGAUGAGUUCAGUCACCAGGUGCAGGAAUGGAACAAGCAGAGAACGCUGGCCAUAGAACGAGCCCUGCAGCAUUUCCUGUAUCCUCAUAUGGCCAAAGAACUCAAGAACAAGCUCAUCGCAGAAGCCAAGGAGAAUAUCGUCAAGUCAUGCUGCAAGAAGCUGUAUAACUGUCUGAAAGUGGCACCAUAUCGGCCUGAUCAGCAGGUGGAGGAGGAUGAUGACCUUAUGGAUGAGUCACAGGGAAAGGGUAUCCGUGUGCUUGGGGUGGCCUUUGCUUCUGGCAGAGACACACCAGUGUUCUGCUCCCUUAUUAAUGGUGAGGGAGAGGUUGUGGAUUUCCUCAGACUUCCUUAUUUCCUGAAGAGGAGAAAUGCAUGGAGAGAAGAUGAAAGAGAGAAAAAGCUUCAAGAUAUUGAAAACCUCAAGAAAUUCCUCCUUACUAAGAAGCCACAUGUUGUUGCUGUUGCUGGGGAGAAUCGUGAUGCUCAUAUGGUGAUGGAGGACAUUAAACGCACCAUCAGUGAGCUGGAGCAGGACUCCUCUCUUCCUGUGGUGGGAGUAGAACUGGUUGACAAUGAACUGGCUGUGCUUUAUAUGAACAGCAAGAAAUCUGAGGCGGACUUCAGGGACUACCCACCUCUGCUGCGACAGGCUGUGUCUGUGGCUCGCAAGAUUCAGGACCCCCUGGUGGAGUUUUCCCAAGUAUGCGGCAGCGAUGAGGAUAUUCUGUGUUUAAAAUUGCAUCCCCUACAGGAGCAUGUGGUGAAAGAAGAGCUGCUGGGGGCUCUGUACUGCGAGUUCAUAAACCGUGUGAAUGAGGUUGGUGUCGAUGUGAAUCGAGCCAUUGCUCACCCCUACACACAGAGCCUGGUCCAGUACAUCUGUGGCCUGGGACUUAGAAAAGGCUCGCACCUGCUCAAGAUUCUCAAACAGAACAACACUAGGUUAGAGAACCGGACCCAGUUGGUCACCAUGUGCCAUAUGGGACCCAAAGUCUUUAUCAACUGUGCUGGCUUCAUCAAGAUUGACACUGCCUCUCUUGGAGACAGUACUGACUCCUAUAUCGAGGUCUUGGACGGUUCCCGAGUGCACCCUGAAACAUAUGAGUGGGCUCGUAAAAUGGCAGUGGAUGCUCUGGAGUACGACGAGUCUGCAGAGGAUGCUAACCCAGCCGGAGCGCUAGAGGAGAUCUUAGAGAACCCGGAGAGGCUGAAGGACCUGGAUCUGGAUGCCUUUGCCGAGGAGCUGGAGAGACAGGGUUAUGGUAAUAAGGGUAUCACACUUUAUGACAUCCGUGCAGAGCUUAGCUGUAGAUAUAAAGAUUUGAGAGCCCCUUACAGACCGCCUAACACUGAGGAGGUCUUCAACCUGCUAACCAAGGAGACACCGGAGACCUUCUAUAUCGGUAAACUGAUCAUCUGUGUGGUGACUGGCAUCGCUCACAGACGGCCACAAGGUGAGAGUUAUGACCAGGCCAUCCGUAAUGAUGAAACCGGACUCUGGCAGUGUCCUUUUUGCCAGCAGGACAACUUUCCUGAGCUCAGUGAGGUGUGGAAUCACUUUGACAGUGGCUCCUGCCCUGGUCAAGCCAUCGGUGUGAGAACCAGAUUAGAUAACGCCGUCAUGGGCUUCAUUCCAACCAAGUUUCUUAGUGACAAGGUAGUCAAGCACCCUGAGGAGAGGGUCAAGGUUGGCAUGACUGUGCACUGCCGCAUCAUGAAGAUCGACAUUGAGAAGUUCAGUGUGGACCUCACCUGCAGGACAUCCGAUCUAAUCGACAAGAACAAUGAGUGGAAGCUUCCCAAAGACACCUACUAUGACUUUGACAAUGAGACUGAUGAUGUUAAACAGGAUGAGGAGCAGAAGAAGAAACAACAGAGAACCACAUACAUUAAGCGUGUGAUCGCUCACCCAUCCUUCCAUAACAUCAACUUCAAACAAGCGGAGAAGAUGAUGGAAUCUAUGGACCAGGGUGAUGUGGUUAUUCGACCCAGCAGUAAAGGGGAGAACCACCUGACGGUCACAUGGAAGGUGGCUGAUGGUAUCUAUCAGCAUGUGGAUGUGCGUGAGGAGGGCAAAGAGAAUGCCUUCAGCCUGGGGCAUACUCUCUGGAUCAAUAAUGAGGAGUUUGAGGAUCUGGAUGAAAUCACAGCCAGAUUUAUUCAGCCCAUGGCUGCAUUUGCACGAGAUCUGCUUGGUCACAAGUACUUCCAUGAGUGUAGUGGCGGUGAUAGGAAGAAAAUGGAGGAGUUCCUCAUAAGGAGCAAGAAGGAAAAGCCAACAUUCAUACCCUACUAUGUUUCGGCUUGUAGAGACCUUCCAGGAAAAUUUUUGCUAGGUUACCAGCCUAGAGGGAAGCCAAGGAUAGAAUAUGUAACUAUCACUCCUGAUGGCUUUAGGUAUCGUUCUCAGAUAUUCCCUACAGUCAAUGGUCUCUUCCGCUGGUUCAAGGACCACUAUCAGGAUCCUGUGCCAGGCAUCACGCCAACCAGCAGCAGAACACGAACACCCGCUUCAGUGAAUGCCACACCUGCCAACAUCAACAUUGCAGACCUGACUCGUGCAGUCAACGCUCUCCCACGAAACAUGACGUCACAGAUGUUCAACGCUAUUGCAGCGGUGACUGGGCAGGGUCAGAACCCUAAUACAACACCAGCCCAGUGGGCCUCCAGUCAGUAUGGCUACAGUGGAGGCAGCAGCGCAGGAGGCGGCGGCAGCAGCAGUGCUUAUCACGUGUUUGCAACGCCCCAGCAGCCUAUGGCAACACCCAUGAUGACGCCCAACUACUCUUACACCACACCUGGCCAGCAGCAGGCCAUGACCACGCCCCAGUAUCCCAGCAGCACCCCGCAGUCCUCGCACGGACACCAUCAGCAUUCUUCCUCCACUCCGUCGUCCUCUUCAUCCAGAGUCCGGACGCCACAGCCCAAGACAAGUUCCCACACUGCCGUGGAUUGGGGAAAGAUGGCCGAACAGUGGCUACAGGAGAAAGAAGCAGAACGGCGGAAGCAAAAGACGCCUCGCAUGACGCCCCGACCUUCGCCCAGCCCCAUGAUCGAGAGCACGCCCAUGUCCAUUGCUGGAGACGCCACCCCUCUCUUAGACGAGAUGGACCGAUAGAAGUGGGGAGGAAGGUUGUGAACAAGCUACUCAUGCAAAACUCAAUCCAUCCACAUUACAUUUCUCAGCCUCCAUCCUUUGCUGUCCUCAUUGCUCACUUUCGCUCGAACGGUUUCUUUUCAGGAAUGGCAGUCAUUCAAAGCUACUGAAACAAAGACAAACACUUGAAAUGUGGUGACGAUAAACGGAUUUAGGAAAUGGACCUAAAAUGAAAGUUUAUCAGAAGGGUUUUCUUUCUUUACUUUUAAAAAAUUAUGUGCACGGUGCACCCCUUUUUUCCAUUUUCAAUUUUUUUUUUAACUAGAGGAACGAUUAAGAGGAAAGGCUAAAAACAUUACGUUGCAUGAUUGCUGAUGGGAGUUGGUGUUUUAUUCACCAUAAGAUCUUUCGUUCAGGCCAACACAGGCUUUGCCAAACAGGGAGCUUUUCUUUUUGUAUCUGGCUUAAACAUUUAAAUAAAACCCUAUUUCAUUAUGAACCAUAGCACUAAUGUUUCUAAAUCUUUGUGUUCUGUUGAGCUGUUACACAACACUUUAAGGCUCUAAGAUCUGCGCACUAAUAAGAAAAGAGCGUUUAUGUAGUUAUUUAGCAAUUCCAUCUACACAAAAAACUAAGUAUGUGACUAAUAAGGAAUUUCAUGUGUUUACUCUGUACCCUGAAACCCAGAACUAUCUCUAUUGUGCAAGUUUGUAAAAGCAAGAACCAAGAAAGUGAUGUUUUGGUGACAUCCAUCAGUACUUGAAGAAUGAGCCAUUGUUUUUGAAUACCUUGUGUCAAGCCAUGUUUUUAAGGUCUGCUACACUGAUUAUUUAGUGGUUCUUUAGUUUGAAACAGAUGAGCUCUUUUGAAAGUGCCAAGUUAAAUAUCAUAUAACACUUAUACAAAACUGAACUGUUGUCCUAAAUAUUGAAACCUCUGACCAGUUUGUAUGCUUUUUCAAAGAGGGGUUGUUUGAGUGUGUAUUUGAAUGUAUGUAUCUUCCCUGGGCCAGAUUCAGAGGUGUUUGUAUGCACAUAAGCUGUUUGUUUUUUUUAUCAGUGUUUUGCUGAACGUUCUCCAUUUCCCCAUGUAUCAACAUGGACAUUUAAACAAAGAAUGGUUGUGAACUCUGGCUCCUUAUUCGGUGACAGUAUUUUCACACAACAUAUUACUGACAUUAUUUUUUCUCCUUCCAGUAUAUUGAAUCUUCCAUAUCGUGACGUUGAGUUCUGAGUGUUUCAGGCCUGAUCAUGUGUUUAGCAGAGGCUGCAUCAUGUCUCAAGGUCUGGAAAUGAGCUCUAAACUUUUCUGUUUACCAUAUUUCACUGCUGAGAUCCAUUUAAUUUCUUAAACUCCACUGAUUCGUGUUUUUAUUUGUGUCCAGACUUUGAUUAUUUGAUCAAGACUGCAGUGAUUUUGAGAUCUGGCUUAAUGGGCUCCGCUACGCAGCUUUCCAUGUGACAUUUAUCAGAAUGUAUUAAUGCCACUGAUGCCUACGAGGAUUCAGAAGAAGAAAAAAUUGCAAUCAUUUAUCACAGUCAGCCAAUUUAAUGCUCUCUAGAUUAAUACUAACAAUUUAGAUUUUACUUGAAAUGAGCGGAACACAUUCUAUAAUUGUUGCUUUGCAAUAGUUCAGUUGUUCUUCAAUGAUACUUCUCUUCCAUUAAUGUCUAACAAUCCUUUCAUUUAGCUCACAGUGGGAAUCUUCUCGCAGCCGAGCCUGUGGUCAUGGGUUGCUGGCAUAAGUAUCAUAUUAUUCAAAGAAACUCCUGAUGCAAUCAAUAACAAGGGCCAUUUACAAAAGCCCCAGUGCAAAUUGGCUGGAGGGCAUUUAAGAAAAUUAUAAUGUGACCUCUAAGUAGUCUGCUCCUAAACAAUGCUGUUUUGAAAACAAAAAUUUAAUCUGGAGGCAAAAGCAUCACAAACCCAUUCAUUACAAUCAAAUUACAAGGAUUUGUGACACUUUAUGUAGACCAGAUGUGAUUAGUAAAAGACUACAGGUACUUUUAGACAGAUUUACAAAUCAUACAAUAAUUGACAAUAAUAAUAGACUGGCAAUAGGAUGUCUAUAUGUCACUGCUCAGGACAAAUUUAACCAAGAUUCUGUCAUCAACAUUCAGACAUCAGAAAGUAACACUACUUCAUUGGUUCUCAUUUGUUACUCCUGCUCUUGAUGUGAACCAUAACAAACUACAUUAUG